AUGGACCUGCAAGAACACGCACCAUUAGGGGCAGUCAUGAGAUGUGUGCAGCUGAGGAUUGGGCUUAAAGGUGGUAUGCUGGGGGAGGGGAAACAGCCCUGUGCAUGGCGUGUGUAUGCACUGACCACACAAAUCUCGCUCUGCACCUCUCUGUCCUCUCCCCACUCCGUCCACGCCCCACCCUGUCAUCGCCCCACUCUGUACUCACCCCACUCUGUCAUCACACCCCACCCUGUCCUCACCCCACUCUGUACUCACCCCACUCUUCACCCCACUCUGUCCUCACAUCCCACUCUGUCAUCACACCCCACCCUGUCCUCACCCCACUUUGUACUCACCCCACUCUGUACUCACCCCACUCUGUACUCACCCCACUCUGUCAUCACACCCCUCUCUGUCAUCACACCCUUCUCUGUCAUCACACCCCUCUCUGUCAUCACACCCCUCUCUGUCAUCACACCCCUCUCUGUCAUCACACCCCUCUCUGUCAUCACACCCCUCUCUUCACCCCACUCUGUCCUCACAUCCCACUCUGUCCUCACCCCUGACUAUAUGCAUCACUCUCUGAAUGCCUCACAACCUAUCCGCACCUGCCUCUGUCUGCACAUCUCUCUGUCGGCAUCUCCAUCUGGCUCCAUCUCUCCCUGUCCCCAUGUCCCUCUGUCCCAUCUCUCCCUGUCCCCAUGUCCCUCUGUCCCAUCUCUCCCUGUCCCCAUGUCCCUCUGUCCCAUCUCUCCCUAUCCCCAUGUCCCUCUGUCCCAUCUCUCCCUGUCCCCAUGUCCCUCUGUCCCAUCUCUCCCUGUCCCCAUGUCCCUCUGUCCCAUCUCUCCCUGUCCCCAUGUCCCUCUGUCCCAUCUCUCCCUGUCCCCAUGUCCCUCUGUCCCAUCUCUCCCUGUCCCCAUGUCCCUCUGUCCCAUCUCUCCCUGUCCCCAUGUCCCUCUGUCCCAUCUCUCCCUGUCCCCAUGUCCCUCUGUCCCAUCUCUCCCUGUCCCCAUGUCCCUCUGUCCCAUCUCUCCCUGUCCCCAUGUCCCUCUGUCCCAUCUCUCCCUGUCCCCAUGUCCCUCUGUCCCAUCUCUCCCUGUCCCCAUCUCCCUCUGUCCCAUCUCUCCCUGUCCCCAUCUCCCUCUGUCCCAUCUCUCCCUGUCCCCAUCUCCCUCUGUCCCAUCUCUCCCUGUCCCCAUCUCCCUCUGUCCCAUCUCUCCCUUUCCCCAUCUCCCUCUGUCCCAUCUCUCCCUUUCCCCAUCUCCCUCUGUCCCAUCUCUCCCUUUCCCCAUCUCCCUCUGUCCCAUCUCUCCCUUUCCCCAUCUCCCUCUGUCCCAUCUCUCCCUUUCCCCAUCUCCCACUGUCCCCAUCUCCCGCUGUCCCCAUCUCCCUCUGCAUUGCACGCAUUUCUCAUACUCACUGUCUACCUCGUCCUGGGAGUACCUAGGAUGGAGUGGGGCAAAGGCACGCCCAGGGCUUACCUGGGAGGGAGUGGGGCCAGGGCACACCCUGGUCGAGCAUCGUAUUAUCAACAACGGUGCCGAUGUGUCGCACGGUCCUGGCAUCAACGGCAGGAAGGUUCGCGAGUAUCUACGGAAUGUGACGGCCUGGUGUAAGGCUGCCAUUAUGGCCCCCUCUGUCAACGGGAGCGGCCCCUGGUACAAGGCCAGUGAAAGGGCGUGGGCCCUCUCUACGAACGGAAAGAUACUCAUUUCCAUCGACGGCAUUGAAGACACGGAGGGCAUCAACCGCUUUGCGCAGCCUGCACCUGUCCCGGCCGCGCAGCCUGUGCUGGCCCCAGCCGUGCAGCCUGUGCUGGCCCCAGCCGUGCAGCCUGUGCUGGCCCCAGCCGUGCAGCCUGUGCUGGCCCCAGCCGUGCAGCCUGUGCCUGUCCCGGCCUUCCAGACUUUGCCGGCCCCAGCCGCGCAGCCUGUGCCUGUCCCGGCCGCACCAUUCGUGCCUGUCCCUGCCGCCCAGGUUGUGCCUGUCACGUCCGCGCAGGCUGAGCCCGUCCCGGCCGCACGUCCUGGGCCUGCACCGGCCGCACAGGCAGGGCCUGCCCCGGUCACACAGGCUGGACCUGUCCAGGCUGCAUGGGGGGACGGCUUUCU